AGCGGACUGAGCCGUGGAAGUGUGUGAGGCAGACAUUGUUGUGGUAACAGGACAGACCAAGAGGAUGACCGGAGAUGAUGCACUCAUUUUGAGCGGAUUGAGGACGAAUUAAUCAUUUGUGUGUUUUUUUUUAUGUACAUAGUUGUCGUCAUACAAACUAAACAACGCGGCUGCACUGUAGCCUACCGGCGCGUCAUCCUGUAGCCAGCGCUGCACGGAGUUCAUUCAGCCGAGGAAAGGGAAGCACAGCCUGAUGAGGCGAUGCCAGCGACGUAAAAAACACAACAUCUGCAGGGUGUGCAUCCGAGGCUGCCCGGAUCAAACCUCCUCGGAUCGACGAGGCCUUUGUACAAACAGCACAGGGAAACCCACAAGGCGACUGUUACCGUCAAAACGAGAGGAGGUAAAAUAAGGACAGAUGUGUUGUUUGAGGCCUUUGAACAACACAGCCUGCUGCUGAGGAGAUGACAGAUCGACAUUAACGGGGUUUGCGGUGCAGUUACAUUUACGACCUAGUUAAGACGUUCACUGCGAGAAAAAUCCGUGGAUUCAGCACAAAGAAUGAAUUAUUUCGCUACGUCUUGAAAGACAACAAUCUAAAUUGAGGUAUCACAUGUUUCUGCCAUGAUUUGUCCUCCGGUGCUGUCGUGAUUGCACACAUGACAUCUGGAGUACCCUACACUGGAUGUAGAUGAAGCCGAGGAUGUGAUGAAGGCUCUGCACUGAAAGAUCAAUCUACAUCUAAGCGCUUUCAUUUGAUUCUCAGGUAGCCCUUAGGUGUUUGAAUUUAACUGAAGAUGGGUAGCGAAGGUGAGGUCAUAAAUCGAGAACUGUCGAAGAUUUCAGAUGAAGAUUUGCUCGCGUGCUCCAAAGAGGAGCUGGUGAGCCGGCUGCGUAAAGAGGAAUCAGAUAAAAUAUCAGCUCUCAUCCAGCGAGGACGCCUGAUAAAAGAGGUGAAUAAACAGCUGCAGGGACACCUCCUCGAAAUCAGGGAACUCAAAGUCAUCAAUCAGCGCCUGCAGGAGGAGAACGUGGAGCUGCGGGACCUGUGCUGCUUCCUAGACGACGACCGGCUCAAAGUGAAGAAGCUGGCCCGGGAAUGGCAGCUGUUCGGGCAUCACGCCGCCAAAGUGAUGCGGGAGGACCUGGGCGGAUACUUGAAAAAGCUCGCCGACCUGGAGCGCAUGCAGGACGGGCUGGUGAAGGAGAACCUGGACCUGAAGGAGCUGUGCCUGGUCCUGGAGGAGGAGUGUGUGAGCCGGAGUGACUCCAGCCCCGGGGGAUCCACCGAGCUCAACCUGCCCUGCAUGGUGGCCCGGGACCUGGGGGAUGGGAGCUCCAGCACGGGCAGCGUGGGAAGCCCUGACCAGCUCCACCUGGUGUGCUCACCUGAUGACUGAUGGCAGGUUUAUGUCUGCAAUCAAGGCUUCUCUGACUCGAAAGAUAAACCUCUAGAGUAGAAUUGAAAGUGAUGGAUAAACAGAAGCUUUGUCAGACUAUAAUAAAUGGUGCAAAAGCAUAAGGGCCUUCUGAAUGCUGCAAAGAUGUGUGUGCCACCAGGUUUUCCCGUGACAAAGAUUCUACCACUACUGACAUUUUCAGGACUUUACAAAGACAUUUCAUAGAUGUUUGCAAGAUUAUAAUGUAUCUACAUUUUACAGUGUUUUUUCUAUAGACUUCUGUUUUUUGGGAAUUAUCCUUUUUCAUUAGUCUGAUGUUAAAAAAAUAGGGCCAAAAAAGUGGGUCACAUAUAUAAAUUUAUCUCAUGCACUGGACUAGCCUACACUGGCAGACGCCUUUUUUCUAUUGCACUGGACAGCGUAAUCAUGGAUCUUUAAAAUUGCAGAUCUAAAGAUCCAUUUCAAUCCAGUUUUGAGCCAUAUUUAAUCCACUCAAAUCUUACAGCACUAAAAAAGUUGAGAAAAAAAGAAAGAAAAAAUCGAGACUAUUUGAUAUUUUGCAUUUGCUAGAUGCCCAAGAAGGUGUAAUAUUUAAUGCACUCUCUUCCUCAGGACAGGAUUGGAGUUGCCAUAUGUGCAUGAUGAUUGUCACUCUUUGUACAGGCGUGUUUAGCAGUCUGAUGUGAGGCCCUUCAGGUUCACUGUGGGAGGGGCUGCUGGUGCAUAAUGCACAUGUGCUACAGCCGGGGCAGAGCCAGCACACUCGUGAAGGUUUUGGAUCAGGCGGGAAUAAAAGAUGUCCUCGGACCUCACUCAGAGCUGAACUGUGCUGUGACUUUUUUUUAAAAUCCAACUGGAAACUCUUUUUAUUAAACUGGAAGGUCUACGAGUUUGAAUGAUUUCUAUUCUAUUCAAACGGAGCUGUUUAAAUUCACUAGUAUUGUGUUUUUUAUGACUUUGUUGUUAAAUUAGCACAUCACAGUUUGUUUCAAGCUGGCGAUGGUCAGCUUUGUCUUCUGUAACUCAUGCUUUGUAUUUACCUUGUAACAUUAUUGGGAUAAUCUUGACUUCAACCCUACCUUUUCUUGAUUUGUCUGUAUUAACUAGCAUUACUAACAAUUUCAGUUUAAGUCAUAGAUGAUCCACAUGCAUUAGUAAAGAUUUAUUUUGUCUUAGCUGUUUAUUGGUGGAUUAUGCUCGUAGUGCAUUGAAGAGCUUUAAAUACAGUGGGUAUGAUGAUACUA